AUGUUGAAAACUAGAAGCGCUCUCAGAUCUUUCUCUACCAUUUCUCCAACUCAUCUUCUGCAGUCUAAAUGGGUUUAUAAAAAUAGCAUGCCACUUGACACCUCAAGGAAAGUUGACAGUGGCGAGCUCAAUAUGAAUAGCGGGAAGUUUCCAAAAAUGUUUGAAGAAGACCAAACCCUAAUGAAAAACAACUUAGACCUUUCAUUAUUAGAUAACGCCUUCAAGAAAUACGAGAAGAUCACCCUAAAUUCUUUGGAAUCGACAUACUUGACCUCGAAGAUUUCCCCACUAGAUACUGCCAAACAGUUGAAGAACUACUUGAUUGCUAACAAGAAGGAUACUAAGUUUGAAACUUUCAAGAACUUCAACUACUUGCCAAUCAAUUUUGCAUUGAAUCAAAAUAUCAAGCUAAAAAAUCCAGAGACCGCCAAGAACUUGAGAGAAAUCAUGAAGAAAUUUAGAAACGUUCCUGUGAAAUAUUGUUUUGCUUAUGGGUCCAACGUAUUCAAGCAACAGAAUAAUAAUGGCGCUAAUAAGCAAACCGAUUUGAUAAUGGCCACCACAUUCCCGGACCAUUUCCAUUCCUUGAACUUGAAUCGUAAUGAAGGUCACUAUUCAUUUUUAAAAAGAUUUGGAUCAGAUUUCAUAUCCAAAGUGGAAAAUAUGGGACCAGGGGUCUACUUCAAUCCUUAUGUGAAAGUUGGUGAUCAGUUGGUGAAGUAUGGGGUUGUUUCAAUAGAGAAAUGUGUGAGCGACUUACUUAGCUGGGACAAUAUGUACUUGGCUGGUAGAUUGCAUAAGCCGGUUAAGAUUAUUAGAGAUGAUCCAAGAGUAAGAUUUAUUAAUCAAGAAAAUCUCAGAAAUGCUGCCGGUGUAUCAUUGCUCUUACUUUCCAGUCAAAAUCUUGAAAAGAAACAAUUCACGCUUGCCCAACUCUUUGAAGCAGUUGCUGGCUUAAGUUACCAAGGCGACAUUCGUACGAAGAUUGGCGGUGAAAAUCCAAAAAAGGUUCAAAAUAUUGUCGCUGCCCAAAAUGAAGAAUUUAAGGAACUCUAUGCACCACUCCUUGAUAUUUUUAAAUUCGAUGAAUUUAUUUCCUUCACCGACGCUUCAAGCCAAAAUUUCCAGAUAAAUGAUUCUCCAAUUUACAAGGCUUUCAUUAUUGAGAACUUACCAUCCAGUUUUAAAACAAGACUCUAUAAGAGAUACUUGUCUUCUAACCCUAACACUAAUUCUCCAAUUUCAACUACAUCCAAGGCAAUCUUAGACGGCACCAAUCGUGCCAAGUUCUCUGAUGUCUUCCAAACAGCGACCACAUUUUCAACUGCUCUCGCAAUCUCGCAGAAAAACACCCCGAUUUCAACUGAUGUUUCUCAGUACUCAACCUCUGAAGAAUUUGUUGCUGAUCCUUUGGCUUUAGAAAUUUCUCAGAGUGAGCAUUUGAAUGACUUAGUAUUGAAAUCAUUGAGCGAUACUAUCUUGUAUCCAAGUAUAGUACAAUCCAUAAAAGGUGUGUUUACUGCUGGAGUUAGCAAGAGCUGGAGCUAUGCCGCUGAAAAGAGAAAAAAAUAUAAGAGCGCAUGA